CGGCAGCCUCCGCUCUCCCCGCCUCGACUCUCCUACCCACCAUCCUCUCCUGCCCCUCUUCUCCUCUUCCCCCCGCCCCACCCGCUCCCCUCGCCCACCGGCUUCUCCCACGGCCCCUUCCUCGGCCUCCAAGAUAGAUUCCCUCAGGAGCAAGGUUGACCUGCUCAAGCUGCCGCUGGCCCUCUCCACCAAGUCCAUCUCCGAGCGCAAGAGCCAGCUGGGCGGCGUCGGCAAGCCGUGUGGCACGGGCGGAGGAGGAGGUGGAGGAGGAAGCGGAGCUCGCAAAGCCCGCUUGCCGCCCACCCGAGAAAUGGACAACGAAUCGCAGUACUCGGGUUACUCGUACAAGUCGUCCCACUCCCGAAGCUCACGCAAGCACAGAGAUCGGCGGGACCGACAUCGUUCCAAAAGCAGAGAUGGCAGCAGCCGCGGAGACAAGUCGGUGACGAUUCAGACGCCCGGAGAGCCACUGCUCGAUGCAGAAUCCACUCGCGGAGACGACCGGGACGACAACUGGGGGGAAACCGCCACUGUGGUCACGGGGACUUCAGAGCACAGUAUCUCCAAUGAGGACCUGACCCGAGUCACCAAGGACUUGGAGGAGUCGACGCCUCUGGAGUGCAAACGCUUCCUGGGCCCCGCGCUGGGCGGCUGCCUGAGCUUCUUUGCGCUGGUGACGCCGCUGGCCUUCCUGGUGCUGCCGCAGGCGCUGUGGCGCGACUCCCUGGAGCCAUGCGGCACGCCCUGCGAGGGCCUCUAUGUGUCGCUAGCAUUCAAGCUGCUGGUGCUUCUCAUUUCCUCGUGGGCGCUCUUCCUACGGCCGCCGCGCGCCACCCUGCCGCGCUUCUUUGUCUUCCGCUGCCUGCUCAUGGUGCUGGUCUUCCUCUUCGUGGCGUCCUACUGGCUCUUUUACGGCGUGCGCGUGCUCGAGCCUCGUGAGCGCGACUACCGGGGAAUCGUGGAGUACGCCGCCUCCCUGGUGGAUGCGCUGCUCUUCAUCCAGUAUCUGGCGCUGGUGCUGCUGGAGGUGCGCCACCUGCAGCCCGCUUUCUGCCUCAAAGUGGUGCGAAGCACGGACGGCGCCAGUCGCUUCUACAGCGUGGGCCACCUCAGUAUCCAGCGGGCUGCCGUUUGGGUGUUGGAUCACUACUACAAUGACUUCCCCGUCUACAAUCCCGCCCUGGUCAACCUGCCCAAAUCCAUCCUGUCCAAGAAGAUGACAGGCUUCAAAGUUUACUCGCUGGAUGAAAACCCUGCCAAUAAUUCGACGGGCCAAUCCCGCGCGAUGAUCGCCGCCGCCGCCAGGAGGCGAGACAACUCCCACAACGAGUUUUACUACGAGGAGGCCGAGAUGGACCGCAGGAUCCGCAAACGCAAGGCCAGGCUGGUGGUGGCAGUCGAGGAGGCCUUCACGCAUAUCAAACGCCUCCAUGAGGAGGAGGCGGCGUUGACCUCGUCCCCCAAGCACCCCCGCGAGGUGAUGGACCCCCGCGAGGCGGCGCAGGCCAUUUUCGCCCCCAUGGCGCGGGCUAUGCAGAAAUACCUGAGGACCACGCGGCAGCAGGCCUUCCACAGCAUGGAGAGCAUCCUUACGCAUCUGCAGUUCUGCAUCACGCACAACAUGACGCCCAAGGCCUUCCUGGAGCGUUACCUGACUCCGGGCCCUACCAUGCAGUACCAGCAGCAUAACGGCAGGGGGCGCCAGUGGACGCUGGUGAGCGAAGAGCCUGUGACGGCAGCCCUGCGCCAAGGCCUGGUCUUCUCAGUGCGCCGCCUCGACUUCUCCCUGGUGGUCACCGUCACGCCGCUGCCCUUCUUGCGCCUCAGCGAGGAAUUCGUGGACCCCAAGAGCCACAAGUUUGUCAUGCGGCUCCAGUCGGAGACAUCCGUGUGAAGGCCACCAAAAAAAAAAAGAAAAAAAAAAACUCAAAUCAGCUCCUGAUGCCUUUGACUCGUCUUACCCGUGUUGUUGUUCCAACACACUGUUCAAAAGAAGAAAAACAUUUUUUUUUUUUUUGGCAAAGGCGCCUUUUUUGUUGUUGUUGAAACCACUGAACUCAGUUAUGACGACAAAGUUGCGUCCUCUCAUCUCAAAAACUGUGACUGCAACACGCCACCACUGUCCCCCCCACAGAUGGUUCCUUACCGUUUUCAAACACCUUUUAAGUGUUUUUAUACAGGGCACAAUUUAGGCCCACGCUGAUGAAAAAAAAUUGUUUACCUAAAUCUCCUAGCAUUAGUCAUUUUUAAAAAAUGAGAAAAACUAAUUCACCAAACAAGACGACGCAAAGAAAAAACUUUUUUUUUUAGCAGCCAUGUUAGUUUUUAUUGAUAUUUUGAAAGUAAAUUAAAAAUGACUUUGCCAAUUAUGUUAUUAGGCUAACAAAAUGAUACUUAUACUAAAAGAUUUUUAUAUAUUUUUUAAAUCAGAAGCUUAAGAGAAUGAAGUUACAUUUUUAUGGAGGCAAGUAAUUUGGGGGGGUGCAUUCGUCAAAACCCCCACCACCCCCCCAAAAAUAUUUGACUAAUAUAAGACUAAAGUUGUAUUUUAGGGCAAAAAAACUGUCGCCUUGAUUAAUAACCCUCGUCAAAUGACCAACUUGAUUUUUUUUCUAAAAAUAACAGUUCUUGCAACCAAAAAAUAUAUAUUUUUCCUGUUCUAUAAAAUUACUUCUCUCACCUGAAAUUGAAUUCAUUCUUGGGGGGCGGAGGGGGGGCAACAAUUUUAUUUUCAUGUUUUACUUAGUUAUUUUUCUCUCAAUUAAGAAAUUCACAUUCUUGAAAACGAAAAAAUGCAACUAUUUUUGACAAGAAAGUGAGUUAUUGAAAAAAAAACUCUUUAUUAAAAAAUCACUUCAAAAUAAUGAUUGAUCUUGAGAAAUAUAACUGUUCUUGAAAUCCAGACAUUAAAAAGUAUACUUGGUUCUUGAAGAAAAAUCCAACAUUGUUCUUGCAAAACUAUGAACUCAAAGUCAAAUGAUUGAAAAAUGUGACGACUCUGGAAAAAUGCAAUCGUCUAAAAAUAUAACAUCAUUCUUGAAAAUGUAUACUUAAUUUUUGCAAAAGUCUGACUUUUUUGAAAAAUGGAAUUACAAAAUAUGGCUGCCUUCAAAGGGUUGCAACUUGUUUUUUUUUUGUUUUUGUUUUUGGUACUACUGUUUUUCGGAGGUGGGCAUUUAGCUUGAUUCUCAUAGUACAAUUAUUUUCUUCCAGUGCAUCCCUGAUCUUCGGUACUCACUACAGAAUGUAGCAACUUGUGUGCUCAAAUGUCACUUUUCGGAAAUAUGAGAAGACUCGAUUCACACUCUUGUUUGUUCAUGUUUGCGGUUAGCAUUGAUGUUUUCCUCUUAUCACACAAAAACAACACCAUUAACACUUUUUUAAAAAAGCAAUAUUGUUCUUUUGCCUAAAGUCUGUAUACAGUAGCUUUAACAACAGCUGACAGCAUAACAUUUAGUUACUAAGUGCAUUUCCUUGUCAACUGACACAAUUCUGUUAAGCUAAUUUAUUUGUCUUUAAAAAUUGCAGUUUUUUUUUUUUGUGUGGACGGGACAAACCUAUUACAGUCUCAUCCCCCAUGUUAAUACCUUGUGUUUUUUCAGACAUUUGCAUAUCAGCAAACCACGAACUGCCUUAAGUGGUCCAAUGUGCAAGCGUGUCUGGCACAUUUCGAACAAAAACAUUCAAAUGGAAGGAACUCCUCACCAGAGUUCUUUAGGGCUCCAAGACUUUUUUUAAUAACUUUUUGUAAGGUGCCUAAGUUAUGGUGCAAUUUUUUCCUGAAUGUUUUUACAAGUGGCCUGUAAAAAAACAACACAAUUAAUGUAGAUUUUUGGGGGGGUCUUUGUAUUUCCUGUUUUGUUUUUUGAUAACUUGUUAGCAUUGUAUAGCGUGUUGUUAGUAUUUUUCAACAUUAAACCCUCUUAUUCCGUACAUAAA